AUGCACUCCAAGGCGAUCGCUGCUCUUCUUCUCCUCACUCCGGCUCUGGCCGUACCCCAAGCUACAUCUGUAGCCACUUCGGAAGGCUACUCGGAUGAUUCCAGCUCCCCUGACUCCUCCAACGAACCCAACGAAUCAAUCUCGAUCUCCCCUGAAGCGACGUCAAUCGCCAACGAAUACAUGAGCGUUAUGGAGACCGCUGUUCCGGCUUCUUGGGAGUAUAUGAACUCCGCCGAAAUAGCUUCAGUCGCCAGCGCCGCUGCAGCUGGCACCUACCCAGCCUGGUACAACGACCUCCCAGCUAGCAUCAAAUCGGUGGUUACUGAGCUUGGUGGCUUCGACGCAGAGUUGCUCGGUCUUAGUUCUUCAGUAACCGUUGCUAUGGGCAGUACUUCCUCUGGGCCUGCAUCUGAGACCGCUAUGGCUACUACUACUGGCGCAUCUGAUUCUACUUCCACCGAGACACAAGCAUCGACUCAUGCCUCUCCUACAUCCGGUGCUGCUUCCAGCUCCCAGUCGGCUACCUCUUCGUCUGCGCGCUCAACCGGUGGUGCCGCUAUUGCCACUGGUAGUGUAGCUAUGGGUAUUGCUGGAUCGGUUGGCUUCUUGGGGCUUGCUCUUGCUCUUUAG